AUAAAUUCAUUCACUAGUAUAAAAUAACUUAUCAUCAGUUUUUUUCUUUUUUUGACGGUCCCGUAACUUUUUUUUUUUUUUUUUUUUAAGUAUCCCUUAUUUUUUUCCAACUAACUAUAAUUUAAUUUUAACCCCUAAGAAAAGCUAAUAAUCCGAAUGUAGGUUGUUAGUAUUUUGUCUUCUAGAUCCUUCCUAGGCCUCAGUUGUUGGAGUUGAAACCAGGGUUUUUUUCUUCAUUCUCUAGACUCUUCCAAAUCCCAGAAAUCCUAUAUAAUACUACACAACACUCAAAAAACCUCACCCAAAAUCAUAAUCACCAAUCACCAUAAUCACUUUUCAAUUCCUCACAUAUUCACUCCCAAUUCAAUGGCGAAAUACGGCGAAGGUGACAAACGUUGGAUCGUAGAAGACAGACCAGACGGAACAAACGUCCAUAACUGGCACUGGUCAGAAACGAAUUGUCUAGAAUGGUCUAGAACCUUCUUCAAUAAUCUCUUCAACAACCUCAAAAUCCUCGACGGUGAAGGUGGAUUUUACAUCGCCGUCAAAAAAGUUGAAAAAGUUGAUGGUGAAGCUUAUGUUAAUGUUCGUAAGGGGAAGAUUAUUCCUGGAUAUGAAAUCAGUGUGUUGAUUUCAUGGGAAGGUGAAGCGAGAGAUUCUGAUGGGAAGAUCUUGCAUAAGGUUAGUGGUAAUGUUGAGAUUCCUUAUAUUUCUGAUGAGAAUGCUGAUGAGGAUCCUGAAAUUAGGGUUAGUGUUAAAGAUGAAGGGAAAAUUGGGAAGACUAUGAAGGAAGCGGUUAUUGUGAAAGGGAAGGCUUUGAUUUUGGAGAAAGUUAGGGUUUGGGUUGAGAGUAUGUCCAGAGGAGGACCGGUUAAAGAUGAGCUGGAGACUAAGAAGGUUCCGCCCCAGAAGGCGGCGAAGAAGAAGGAAGAGGAAGCUGUUUUUGCGGUUACGGCGGCGAAGGAGAAGGAAAAGAAGAAGGAAGAAGGGAAGAAGGGUUGUAAAACGAUUAGAUUGAAUGAGAAGUUUAAUUGUAGGGCGAAGGAUUUGUUUGAGAUAAUGAUGGAUGAGAAUAGAUGGAAGGGUUUUACUCAGAGUAAUGCAAGGAUUAGUAAAGAGGUUGGUGGUGAGAUUAGUAUUUUUGAUGGGUCUGUUACAGGGGCAAAUUUGGAAUUGGAGGAAGGGAAGUUGAUUGUUCAGAGAUGGAGAUUUGGAAGCUGGCCAGAUGGAAUGCAAUCAAUGGUGAGAAUUGUGUUUGAGGAGCCAGAAUCCGGAGUUACGGUUGUGAAGCUAACACACACUGAUGUGCCUGAAGAAGACAGAUAUGGGAAUGCGACUGUCGUAGAGAAUACAGAAAGGGGAUGGAGAGAUCUCAUUUUCCAAAGGAUUCGGUCUGUGUUUGGUUUUGGAAUGUGAGAUUUCAUAAAUGUUUGUGUUGUAGAAUUCGAUUUUUGUUUUCAUUUUCAUUUUUAUAUGGUUAGAUCAUUGGAUUGGCAUCGCAUUGGAUCAUUUUAUUGUGAAAGACAAAGUGUCUUUUGCAAUGAUUUCUGCUGCUACUUAUUUCUGGUUUCAGAAAUUGUCUCUUGUUUAUUACCAUGGAUGGUCCUUGCUCGUUGUAUGUCUAAUUUAAGAUUUGAUCUUGUCAUCAUUGUUUUUUACUUGUUGCAAUUAUCAGUAUCCUUUGGUGACAGAAUUAACUCUUGUUCUACAAUUGAAACAGUUGAAAUUUGAAUUUGAGAUGAAUUA